CUCCAGACAGUUUUACCUGGCUUCUAUAUGCUGUCGUCCGCACGCCUGGCCCACACAAGUGUCCGGCGUGCCCAGUCCUGGCUCUGCAGUUCUCCUUCGCGUUCCCUCAUGGAUCUGAAGGCUCUUCUUUCCUCCCUGAAUGACUUUGCAUCCCUCUCCUUCGCGGAGAGCUGGGACAAUGUGGGAUUACUGGUGGAACCAAGCCCUCCCCAUACUGUCAAUACGCUCUUCCUGACCAAUGACUUGACUGAGGAGGUCAUGGAGGAGGCUCUGCAGAGGAAGGCAGAUCUCGUCCUCUCCUACCAUCCUCCUAUCUUCCGGCCCAUGAAGCACCUGACUUGGAAGACAUGGAAGGAGCGCCUGGUGAUCCGGGCCUUGGAGAACAGGGUUGCCAUCUACUCUCCCCACACAGCCUAUGACGCCGCACCUCAGGGGGUCAACAGCUGGCUGGCUAAGGGGCUUGGACCUUGCACCACCAGGCCCAUCCACCCUUCCAAAGCUCCCGACUGCCCCACCGAGGGGACUCACCGGCUGGAGUUCAGCGUGAAACACACCCAAGACGUGGAGAAAGUCAUGUCUGCAGUGAAAGGAAUUGGAAAUGUUGCUGUCACUUCUUUUCCUGCUACGUGUGAUGAUGAGGAGCAAACACGGAUCAGUCUGAAUUGUACUCAGAAGACUUUGAUGCAGGUGGUAGCUUUUCUCUCCCAGGACAGAGAACUUUAUCAGAAAACUGAAAUUCUUUCACUGGAGAAGCCUUUGCUUCUGCAUACUGGAAUGGGACGGUUGUGCACACUGAAGGAAUCUGUCUCCCUGGCAACAAUGAUAGAGCGAAUCAAAAGUCACCUAAAGCUAGCUCAUAUUCGCUUAGCUCUCGGAGUAGGGAAGACCUUAGAGUCCCCAGUCACAACUGUGGCUCUGUGCGCUGGCUCUGGGGGCAGCAUUCUCCAAGGUGUGGAGGCUGACCUUUACCUCACAGGUGAAAUGUCCCACCAUGAUGUUCUGGAUGCUGCUGCCAAAGGGAUAAAUGUCAUCCUGUGUGAACACAGCAACACUGAACGAGGCUUCCUUUCUGAGCUUCAAGGAAUGCUGGGUAUUCACUUGGAGAAUAAGAUUAAUAUUAUCCUGUCUGAGACAGACAGGGACCCUCUCCGUGUGGUUUAAAAUGCACAAGGAUAUCAUGAUGACACAACCUACACAUCUGGAUCAAGUGGGAUGGGCAGGAGGAGCAGUGGUGCCGCCCCUCUUCUGCAGAGGUGUAACAGAGGACAUCAUUUCAGCUCCUCCAUCUUGCUCACCAAAUGUAAAAAUUAAAGAGUACAUUAAAAGACAGAUACUCUUUAUAAACUCUAGGAAAAGGUGACUGAAACCUGUAGGUAUUUUUGUUUAUUUGUGACAGUCUCCUGUAACCCAG